GGAAAUCCAGCUCCUGCGGCGAUUGCGGCACAAAAACGUCAUCCAGUUGGUAGAUGUGUUGUACAAUGAGGAGAAGCAGAAAAUGUAUAUGGUGAUGGAGUACUGUGUGUGUGGGAUGCAGGAAAUGCUGGACAGUGUCCCAGAAAAGAGGUUUCCGGUGUUUCAGGCUCACGGGUACUUUUGUCAGCUUAUAGAUGGCUUAGAAUACUUGCACAGCCAAGGGAUUGUCCACAAGGAUAUCAAACCUGGGAACCUCCUGCUAACAACCAAUGGGACACUAAAAAUAUCCGAUUUAGGCGUAGCAGAGGCAUUGCAUCCGUUUGCGGAGGAUGACACGUGCAGGACGAGCCAAGGGUCUCCAGCAUUCCAACCCCCAGAAAUUGCCAAUGGCCUUGACACCUUUUCAGGCUUUAAAGUCGACAUCUGGUCUGCAGGGGUCACGCUAUACAACAUCACCACGGGUCUGUACCCCUUCGAGGGGGAUAAUAUCUAUAAAUUAUUUGAAAACAUCGGCAAAGGUGACUACACAAUUCCAGAGGAUUGUGGUCCUCCACUCUCAGACUUAUUGAGAGGGAUGCUUGAAUACGACCCAGCCAAGAGGUUCUCAAUACAGCAGAUAAGGCAGCACAACUGGUUCCGUAAGAAACACGCUCAGGCAGAAGCGCUGGUGCCCAUCCCUCCCAGCCCUGAGACGAAGGACAGGUGGAGGAGCAUGACGGCGGUGCCUUACCUGGAGGAUCUGCAUGGCUACAAUGAGGAAGAGGACGAUGAGCUGUAUGACAUUGAAGAUGAUAUCAUCUACACUCAGGACUUCACAGUACCAGGACAGGUGCCUGAGGAGGAGGCAGGGCAGAACGGGCAGAGCCGUGGCAGGGGGCUGCCCAAGGCAGUGUGCAUGAACGGGACGGAGCCAGGGCAGCUGAGCGCCAAGGCCAAGGGCGAGCGCCGAGCCAGCGCCUCCUCCAACCCCUCCCGCAAGGCCUGCUCCGCCAGCAGCAAGAUCCGCAAGCUCUCCACCUGCAAGCAGCAGUGAGCUCUGCCCAG